GGUCCAUUUAGAGCCAACACGUACACUACCAACUCUUUCAUUGAAGCCCUUGAAAGGCUGAAAAUGACUAGUCUCGUUUGUUAAUGAUUAGUAGAUUAAUCGAUAAGUGAAUUGACAGAAAACUAAGUAACUACUACAAAUUAAACAACUUUUGAUCAUUAAUUAAUUAAUUGUUAAGUAUUUUUUUAGGCAAAAACCUAUAUUAAAAUAUUAAUAUAUCGAACUGAAGAUCUUUGGGUUUUUGACCGUGGGGCGGACAAAACAAGCACUUGUAAAGUAGGCUACGAUGGGAAUUUUAACAUUUUUUUCUGAAAUUGUAUGCAUCAAACUAUUAUCGAGAAAAUAAUUUGCAUAUAAAUCCGAAAUGGAAAUAAUUUCUGGUUACAGAAUGAUCCCAAACAUACAGGCCAUGGUGUACAAUAUGUUUUCUAUUUACGUUGAAGCAAGUCCAUCUGUCCUCUUCAUUCCCAUAUAUUUAUAUACUGUUGUUCCCGGCGAUUUGUGCUUACCUACUUCAAACACCAGAGGGCGCUUGGGAGCUAUUAAACAGCCAGACUCCAAUCUCCUAUUAUCAGACGUCUAUUGUGUGGAAUAAAGUGGAAUCGCUUGUCUUUUAGACUGAAGAUGGGUGCCAGUCUUGAACCUAAAGUUCACUGCGAGACAUUGCACACAUGCUUGUCGUUCCCAUUUUUCCAAGAGGUAACGUUGACAGUGUGGGACUCGAACGUGACGAAACCUUCUUCACAGGGCGUUAAACUACAAAUGUGUUAAGUAUACUGAAAGGUUAACAUGCAUGAAAACAAGCCCAUUGGAAGUGCAAGGUGGAACGGUUGUAAACAAGGAGGCGUAUUCUUCAUAUCAUCUGACCACUCCUCUCUGUCAGGCUGCGCUUCCGUGUUUACACACCCACUAAACACAACAACAGGACUCUAGCGGCCGUCGGCCGAAUGUUUACCGAGCAGGCAUAGAGCGGUGGUGAGGAAAGUGACAGUCGCACUGGAGGCUCGGUGUAUGGUGAAACACAGGUGAUUUCAGCUUCCACGGUUGCAUUUCACAGCGGUAUGUUCACUCGAAGGGGGCAUGGAGACGUCAAGAAAUCUACACAGAAAGUUCUGGACCCAAAGAAGGAUGUACUGACCCGGCUCAAACACCUCCGGUCCCUGUUAGAUAUCAUUGACAAGAGUGAAUUGAAGGCGUUCUUCGAAGGCAACUGUUCUCAGAUUUAUUUUAUCUUCUAUGAAAAUUUCAUUACACUGGAAAGCAACUUAAAACUAAAAGGGAACAAAUCUCAAAGGGAGGAGCUGGACUCUAUCCUCUUUAUUUUUGAAAAAAUUCUUCAACAUCUGCCCGAGAAAAUCUACAACCGAUGGCAGUUUCACAGUAUAGGUUCCAUACUGAAAAAACUUCUACACACUGGAAAUUCAUUCAAGAUCCGAUGUGAAGGGAUCCGUCUCUUCCUGCUGUGGCUGCAGGCCCUUAGGGACAACUGUGCUGAGGAGCAGUUCCUUAUCUUUGCCUGUCUGGUGCCAGGAUUCCCUGCUGUGCCCUCCUCCAGAGGGCCCUGCACCCUCGACUCCAUCAUCUACAACCCCUAUUCCAACCCCCCUGAUGCCAAGGUGGUGCCUGAGGAGAUUACCCCGCUGGUUCCAGCUGUGGUCGGAGAAAAGGUUGCAGAUGACCAGACCUGUUACAUCCUCGAAACCCUGCUCAAGUACAUGGUCAUCCAGGCAUCCAGUUUAGAAUGGCGCAACAAAGAGAACCAGGAUACAGGCUUUAGGUUUCUCUUCAGCCUGUUCAAGAAGUACUACCUUCCACACCUAUUCCCCUCCUUCACCAAGCUUACAAAUGUCUACAAGCCUUUAUUGGACCUCCCCCACCACAGACCAAAACCCUUGUAUGUGCCAGUGACGCGAAACAAUGAGAGCACCUUCUGCACCAGGGACCAGUACCUGGCACCCCGUGUGGCCUUCAUCACCUGGCUGGUCACCUUCUUCCUGGAGAAGAAGUACGUCAGCAGUGCUGCUGCGGCGCAGAGCGCCAAGAACGGCACCGAGGUCAUUCCCAAACUCAUCCAGACUGUCACUGCAGGCAGUAGCAGCCAGGAGAAGGAGAAGGAGAAGGCAUCAGAUGGGGAUACGAACGGGGCAGCGGGGGAGCCGGAGAAGAGCCAUUCCAACAGCAGCACGCUGUCCGAUCGGCGGCACAGCGAUUCCAGUUUGUGUAGCAUUGAGGAGGAGCACCGCCAUGUCUAUGACAUGGUGCAUGCCAUCCUGCUCUCCACCAGAGACAAUGUGAAUUUUGUCAAUGAGGUCUUCCACCAGGCCUUCCUGCUGCCGUCUUGCGAGGCAUCAGCAACCAGGAAGGUGAUCAAAGUGUACAGGAAGUGGAUCCUGCUGGACAAGCCCGGCUUUAUGACAGAGCCUGAGAAAGCCGCCCCGGAAGAUGAGGUCGAUGACCGCUCUGAACAGACACUCAGCACAGAGAUUAACAGCAUCCACGUACAGGCGGUAGAGAGUCCCGGCCACAGACGUUCAUCCAGCUGGGGGAGGACUUACUCGUUCAGCAGCGCCAUCAGUCGGGGCUUUCUCACCGAGGGGCAGAACAGGGAUGUCAAGGCUGGUAUCCAGCCCACACUACAGGUGUUCCUGACCAACUCCUCCAAUGUUUUCAUGCUGGAGCCAUGCCAAGAUGUAGCUAAACUCCUGGAUAACCAGGUGGAGGUGUGCAAGGGUGUUCUCAGCAUCUACCGGCACAUGAUCAUGGAGCACACGAUGAAUACACAGACAUGGGAGCAGAUGUUGCAGGUACUACUGAGGAUCACGGAGGCGGUGAUGAAGAGGCCACAGGAAAACCAAAGAAAAGACAACUUCGCUGAAAGCUUAGCGUCUGUACUUUUUCGGACCAUCAUUGUGGCGUGGGUGCGAGCCAACCUGUGCGUAUUCAUCUCCCGGGAGCUGUGGGACGAGCUGCUAGCAGUGCUGUCCUCUCUUACCUGCUGGGAGGAGCUGGUGACAGAGUGGGCCAGCAUCAUGGACUCGCUGACGGCUGUGCUGGCACGCUCCGUUUACGGCCUGGACAUGGCCAACCUGCCUCUGGACAAACUCAGCGAACAGAAGGAGAAGAAGCAGAGAGGACGUGGUGUGAUCCAGGACUCUCAGAAGGCAGCGGCGGUGGCGGCGCGUUCCUUCUCACUGAGUUGGAGGAACCAAGGGGAGCAGGGCGUGCAAGGAGUUCAGGAGCCCAUGAGGAUUCGCUCGGCCACUACUUCAGGAGCUCCUGGUGUCGAGAAAGCCCGUAACAACGUCCGACAGAAGGCCUCCGCGAAGCGAAGCCAGUCCAUCAGCAACUGUGUUCAUCUAUACGAGGCUUUGCCCAAUGCUAAAAGCGUUCCUAUGCUGCUCCACACUGUGAGCUCUUUCUUGCCUGGUAUCUCUUCUGGUAACUCUGCUUGCUCUCAGAGACUCUCAGAUGUGGAGGAGUGUCAGCUGUCCGAAUGUGGGGGAGAGGAGGAGCUGGGAGGCGGGGAUAGCCCUCUGCCACGUAGCAGCAGCACCUCCGACAUCACCCAACAACUGUCUGACACUUUACCAGCCCAGAAGAGAGAGCACUCCCCUACUUCCUGUAACUCUGAUAGCAGGACAUCUGAGGGGAGGAGAGAGAGCAGCGAGCCACCAGUGAUCCACAUCCGGCGGAGCAGUAGUCCCACUGAAACCGAGUGCAAUGCUGAGGGACACACAAACUACCCGCGACCCAAGCUCAGAGAGAAAAGUGAGAGUAUAAGCAGCGAGACAUCCAACGGCUACCUCAAUGAAGCUGAGGUUACCUGGCAGGCCUUUGAUGAGGAAGCUGACACUCGGUCCACACAGUCGGCCCACAUGGACGUGACUACCGACCCCCAGAGCCAGGGGAGUCUGCUGCUCAGCCACAAUGAGGCUCUGGCAGGUCCCGAGUGUGCCCUCCCUCCCCACUCUGCACCCCCGUCCUACCACCACCACCACAACCACUACCACUACCCCCAGAACCCGCCCGCCUCACCAGCCCUGCUGGUGCACACAGAGUGCCCGCGGGACUGCCCCCUGGACGAAACCAUGCAUCAGUCUGUCUUACACAUGCCACACCACUUGGACAGUAGUGAGUGUCUGGCUGAUGAUGUCAGCAUAAUUGCGGGCGGGACCUUGACUGGUUGGCAUGCUGAUUCGGCCUUCGUCCUGUGGAGGAGGAUUUUGGGUAUCCUGGGAGAUGUCAACAGUAUCUGCUGUCCAAAAAUCCAUGCCAAGGUCUUCUCCUGUCUUUAUGAGCUCUGGCACAAGCUGGCCAAGAUCCGGGACAAUCUCGGGAUCAGUGUGGACAACCUGUCUUCUCCUCCCCAGCCCGCCUUCAUCCCGCCUCUUCGAAUGCUGGCUUCCUGGCUCUUUAGGGCCACCAUGUUGCCUGCUGAGUACAAGGCUGGCAAGCUGCAGGCCUACAAGCUGAUCUGUGAGAUGAUGACCAGGCACCAGGACGUGCUCCCCAACAGUGAUUUCUUGGUGCACCUCUACCACAUCAUGCACAAGGGCAUCACCAGCAACGACCAGGAUGUUUUGAACACCAUCAUCCGUUCCUGCUCUCCUCGGUUCUUCUUCCUCGGCCUGCCGGGCUUCACCAUGCUUGUUGGAGAUUUCAUCACUGCUGCUGCCUGCGUUCUCAGCUCUGACUCCUCAGAGGCUCCAAGGAUGGAGGCUCAGACCAUCCUGGGCUCCCUCGUGUGUUUCCCCAACCUUUAUCGACAGAUUCCUGUGCUGCAGCGUGUGCCGGGCUCUGAUGACAUCACCAUAAGCGAUGAGAAUAUCAAGGAGUAUCUGGUCAACAUCUUGCUAGAGAAGGCAACAAAGGAACACUGUGAAGGGGCCAGGUGCAUUGCUGUGUGCAGUCUGGGCUUGUGGGUGUGUGAGGAGCUGACGCAGAACAACAUCCACCACCAGGUCAAAGAUGCCAUCAAUGUUCUGGGAGUAACACUGAAGUUUGGGAACAAAGCCGUGGCUCAAGUGGCCUGUGACGUGUUUCAGCUGCUCAUCUCUCACUGGGAACAUCUCCAGAGGUUGGAGCUCACUCUGCCUAAGAAAAUCAUUGAGAUCUUUGUGGCCACAAUAGCCUUUUUGUUGCCGAGCGCAGAGCACUCAACAGUGGAAGCAGACAAAAAGUUGAUGGUGUCACUGCUGCUCUGCCUGUUGGACUGGUGCAUGGCCGUUCCGCUGAGUCUGCUGCUGGAACCCAUCACCAUGCCUUCACUGGAGGACCGCACAUCCCACAAGGCCCCGCUGCUGGACUACAUCUACAGGGUGCUGCACUGCUGUGUGUCCGGCUCCAACCUGCACACCCAACAGAGCCACUACCUCCUCAGCCUGUCAGACUUGUCCACUGACUAUGACCUCAUGUUGGGUCAGGUUAAGAGCUUCGAGCCGCCGCCCUCCCAGACCACCACCACCGACUUCGGCAACUUGCUCACCGUAGCUGAGGAAAAGCGCCGUCGGAACAUGGAGUUGAUUCCCCUGACAGCGCGGAUGGUCAUGACACACCUGGUGAACCAUCUGGGCCAUCAUCCACUGAGCGGCGGCCCCGCCCUUCUCCACAGCCUCGUGAGCGAGAACCACGACAACCCGUAUGUGGAGUCGUCCGAGCUGUCCUCCGAGGUCUUCAAAAGCCCCAACCUGCAGCUGUUCGUCUUCAACGACAGCACGCUGGUGUCCUACCUGCAGAUCCCCGCCGAGACCCCCACUGUCGGACAGCCCCCCCAACCCUCCUCCCAAGUGCGCGUCAUCGUCCGGGACAUCUCGGGCAAAUACUCGUGGGAUGGCGCAAUCCUCUACUGCACCACCGAGGAAGACUCUGUUGAUGCAGACGUUUUUGAUGCAGUCGAUCGCCCUCUUUCGACUACCACUACUGCCUCUCACAGCAGAAACCAGCCCAACUCUCCAACAAAGGGGCCGUACAAACAUCAUUGCUUCGUCUCGGACUCCCUCUCUGACUGCUGUGAGGAGGAGGAGGAGGUGGAUAUUCUGGAUAUGCUUUUGGAGAACCUGGGCCACAGCAGCCCGGAAUGCCUGCCCCAGCCACAGCUCAGGCUCAACCAGCCCGCCUCCUCGCCCCAUGGCAUGAACCUAGAGCAAGAGAGCGCCAUCCUGGAGGCCAUUCUGUAUCAGACUCAGCAGGAGGAAGAGCAAGUGAGGAGGUGGGAUGCUGAUGUCAGCUUUCGGGCUGCCUGCCAGAGGGAACCCUCCCACCAGGAACCAAAAGCUCCUUUCUACUUCUGCCGGCUGCUGCUUAAUGACCUUGGCAUGAACUCGUGGGACCGCAGGAAAAGUUUCCAUUUGUUGAAGAAGAACUCUAAACUCUUAAGGGAACUGAAGAACUUGGAUUCCAGGCAGUGCCGAGAGACACACAAGAUUGCUGUGUUCUACAUUGGAGAGGGCCAAGAGGACAAGUGCUCCAUCUUGUCUAACAGCGCAGGCAGCCAGGCCUAUGAAGACUUUGUGUCUGGACUGGGAUGGGAGGUGGAACUGGCCACACACUGUGGCUUUAUGGGUGGCCUCCAGAGGAACGGCAGCACGGGUCUGACAGCUCCUUACUACGCUACCUCCACCGUGGAAACCAUCUUCCACGUCUCCACUCGCAUGCCAUCUGAUUCCAAUGACUGCCUCACCAAAAAGCUGCGUCACCUGGGAAAUGACGAGGUGCACAUAGUGUGGUCCGAGCACACCAGGGACUACCGACGGGGCAUCAUCCCAACUGAUUUUGGAGACGUGCUGAUUAUCAUCUACCCAAUGAAGAACCACAUGUACUUCAUCCAGAUCAUGAAGAAACCACAGGUUCCUUUCUUCGGUCCGCUGUUUAACGGCGCCAUCAUCACCGGGACGCUGCUGCCAAGCUUGGUGCGGGCCACCUGUAUCAAUGCCAGCAGAGCUGUCAAGUCCCGGCUGACUCUCUACCAGAGCUUCUAUGAGGAGCGGGCGCUCUACCUGGAGGCCAUUGUUCAGAACCACAGAGAGGUCAUGACUUUUGAAGACUUUGCCUCACAGGUCUUCUCUCCGUCUCCUGGCUAUCCAAUGAGUGGGACAGCGUGCAGGCGUUGGCCGGGGAUGGUUUGGGACAUGGAGUACCCCUGGGCCAAACUGGACUGUAAGACUCUGCCUGCUUCCUCCACACUAGGCAUGACGCCCAGCCACAGCCCACCAGCAUCCAUCCAUUCAUUUAGGUCACUUUGAACCCCGCCAUCAUCAAAUAACCGGGGGGUGCUGCGCUUGAUUUAGCCCUUUUGUAAAAGAAAAGUAGGGCUCAAGUUCCAAGUCCAGAUUCUGCAUGCUAAUUGCUAAAUGACGCGCUCCCUCAGUGUUUCACCGCUUCCCCGUGAAAGGCAUUUAACCCUCCGCCCUCUCCGGUCAUCUCUGUACAUUUUUGGGCUUUUCAGCAUCCUCCACAGCGUCGUCCACCAUGAUCCUGAAUGCAACCUCACUUUGACCCUGUAACUUCACACCGGCGUCACGGCUUCCUGCAUGAGCCGGUCCAUCUGUCAUACAGACAGUGCUCUGCCCUCGUUGUGAUACACCUGCAUUGCUUUGCUCACUUUUUAUUGUCUUGUUUUUAUGUCGUGUGUUUUCAUCCUCUAAACUUUUUCUAAAUGAAUAGAAAGCAAUACUUGUUUUUUCCCCCCCUCAUGGACAAAACAAGUUAAAAUGUCCCACGACCCUCUGAGGAGCCUGGCAUCUUUAACUCUCUCAUCCUAACCUCACCCGAACCUCUAAAAGUAACACUGGUGAUGUGUUUUGUCUGUUGUUGCCAUGAGAACUGCCCACCAUUCAUGCAAAAUUACCCUUAUUUUGAAAUGUGUGAAUUGGACAGAUUAAUCAGACAAAAAAAAAAGGUGUCUUAAAGGUGUCUUCAGGAAAAGAAAAAAAAAAUUUGCACUUCAUGAUUAAGUCAUCACCCAAAUCAGUGAACCUUGUCUGACUUUUAAACCCUCCAGUGACGACUAACCUCGACGGCACACAAGCUGUCUGAAGGUCCCGCUCGUCCGGCCAUUCAGACAGCGUUGUGUUGUGUUGUGUUCCGCUGCAGUGUGGUAUAGUGUGUGUCCGCUGCUCUCACUCACAUGAUGCUCUACUCUUGUUUUUUCCCUUUGUAGAUUAAAAAUAUCUUAAAGGUCCAAAUACUGUAUAUGGCGAAGGUAAGCCCCGAGUCAGCCCGGAAGCUUGUUUCCGUCCAGCGGCCUACCCCGUCGCUCCAUCACUCAUCCUGGCUGUUCUUCCUCCCCCACCCCUCCUUCUUUUCAUUCAGCACUAACCAAGCUUUACUUACUGAGUGCUCUGACAAAGCGAAGGGGACAGAGAAAUCAGGCUGUUUAUUCGGGGGGUGUCCUACUGUUUAGGCCAGGCUGGUAAUUGAAAGUGAUGCACGGUGGGGACAAUUAGCACCUGACUAAGUAGCAGCAUGAACAAUACGGCUACACUUCUGGCCCUCGCUUCUGCAUGUGGCGCGCCUUUAUCUCUUCCCCCAGCAAACACUUUUCUCUUUUCUUUCUUUCUUUCUUUUUUUCUUCUUCCCCCUCCACCCCCCUCAUUUCCUCCUGUUGGAGUGUGCCUGUUUGCCCGGGGCAGACUCUGAGACUAACACCUGCCGCACUGGAAGAUGUCUUUGUCAUCUAAAGCCUUGUUUGAACUGCUGCGGAGGGGACCAAUGGGAUAGCGGGGCCAUUUAAAGACCCUCUUUGUUUUCCCUCUCGCUCGGUCUCUCCCCUCUUCUCUCCAUUUGAAAUGAACCUCACCGUAUGGCAGACUGGGCUGAGUAAAGAGCGGAAAUGCUGGGUUCUUACGACGAUAAUAAUGAUACAUUAGCUCCUCUGGAUCUGGGCUGUUUUUCCACUCAGUAACUUACUAUGAAAAUGAAUUCUUACCUAAGGCCAUACAGUGAGGAACGACGUUUAGAAGCUGAUGUAACCACAGUCAUUAAGUGCCUCGGUGGGAGUGAUGACUGUUUAGUGCAUGUUUUAAUGGCUGCUAAACGAAAAGGGAAGUCUGUUGAGUGGGUGGAUAACUGUACCACACCACUGUCUGUGUAUAUUAGCUGUAAUAGGUGGUUUCCUUCAUCCUGUCUAUCAUAUGUCUUUACAGCACAUCCAGACAAAGUUUAGUUUAUAAAACAAAGUAUUUACUGUAGGAAUGAGUUGAGGAAUACGGGAAUGCAGGAUUUGUUCUGUCCAUCGGGCCAGCCCACAUUUUUAGCCAAGCCCCCAACCCUUUUUUAGAUUAAUAUGCAGAUUUGAGAAUUCAUGUUGGGACACCCCCCCCUCACCUCCCUCCCGGCCCUUCACAAUACCCACACCCAAUGUUUCAUCCAUAGCCCAGCCCUCCUCUUCCAACGAGCAGCCCUGGAUGCUGCCGGUGUCCACUGUGCUGCUGAGUGUCUGUUACUCCAGCCAUCUGCCAUUCCUUUUAGCCGCUGCAACUUGAGAUGCCUCCGAAAAAAUGGCAGGAAAUAAAAGGAUAGGAAAGAAAAUAGGCAACCAGAUGCCAUCUCAACAAAGCAGAAAAGUUGUUUAAACUCGGAGCACGGGGGCCGAGGCGGGUGUGGGGGGGGCCCCUCAGUCUGGUUUGGUCAGGGGCACACUGAGGAAGCCAGGGCAGCGUUCACAAUACUUGAAUACACCAGCGUUCCAUGCCCACCUCCCGGCUUAUUCCAGCUCAUCAUCCCCUAAUCAUGGAUGUGAAGUUUUUGAAAAAGGACAAUACCUGACAAUGGGCAGGCUCCACAUGUUCACAACAAGAGCAUAAUGUGCAAUUUUAUUUUCAUUCAAAGCAUUCUGCUGUCACACUGCGAACUGAAUAAUUUUUUUUUUUUUUUUUUUGUGCGCAUAGUUCCAAAGGUUACCGCUCAUUUUGUUUAAUACCAUAUAAGCAUCUGGCAAAACUGUAUUGGGAAGAAAGGCAGCUUCUCUUUAACAAGCUUUGCUUUUUCACAGCAUGUGGAAGAGGCAUGUCAUUUCUGAAAUAUUUUUGAUUUGCCUCCUCACGUCUAUAUUCUAAUGACAUAAGGGGCAGAACAAACAUUGGAAGUGUGGUGAAUGUUGGUGGAAAUCCUAUGAACUGGGUAAUCUUGGUUGUGGGAGCAGCCACGUGCAUGACAAAGCAUGCUGGGAUGAACAGCAAUCACACAAAGCCCAAUGAACCCCACCACCACGUCUAACCAGCGCUCUCUCUCUCUCUCUCUCUCUCUCCCUCUCUCCAUCUCUCUCUCUCUCUCCCUCUCUCCAUCUCUCCAUCUCCAUCAUUGUCCUUUC